GAGCGUGCGACUUGCAAUCCAGAGGUCGCGGGUUCAAACCUCAUAUCAAUGAGUUUUUCGGAACAUCGUGAGGAAACCGGACUAAUCCCAAUAUGGCCUAGUUUACCCUCUGGGUUGGAAGGUCAGAUGGCAGUCGCAUUCGUAAAUACUCGGGAUUGGUUGCCAAGAGGUGACGACCAGUUUGGCCUAGUGGGUAGUGACCAUGCCUACGAAGCUGAUGGUCCCGGGUUCAAAUACUGGUAAGGGCAAUUAUUCGUGUGAUGAGCAUGGAUAUUUGUUCCUGAGUCAUGGGUGUUUUCUAUGUAUUUAAGUAUUUCUUCUUCUUCUUCUUUCUUCUUUAGCCCUUCUCUACCCUUUGGGUGUAGGCCUCCUUCAUUUUAUGCCACUCGUCACGGUUCUGUGCGACCUGGAGCCACUUCUUCCCCGCAGUCCUUUUGAUGUCGUCGUCCCAACGCAUCUGGGGUCUACUUUGAGGACGUUCCUCCCCCCAUGGUCGCCACUCCAAUAGACGUUUGCUCCACGAAUCGGUUUUUCGUGCUAUAUGACCGGCCCAUUCCCACUUCAGUCUGGCUACGCGUUUUACAACAUCGGUGACCUUGCUCUUCUGUCGCAGCCACUCAUUCGUUUUACGGUCUCUCAAUGUGGUCCCAACUAGUUUUCUCUCUAUCGCCCGUUGGACAACGCUUAACUUAUGUAGUAUGUCCUUGGUGAAGACCCAGGUUUCGGCUCCAUAAGUUUAUAUUUAUAUAUUAUAGUUUUAUUCCAUUUAAGUAUUUAUAAAUAUAUAUAUUAUAUAUAUCGUUGUCUAAGUACCCCCAACACAAGCCUUAAUGAGCUUACUGUGGGACUUAGUCAAUUUGUGUAAUAAUGUCCUAUAAUAUUUAAAUUUAAUAUAAUAAUAUUUAUUUAAAGCGGACUCUAGGCUCCCAUGAACCGUGGCAAUAUGCCGGGACAACGCGAGGAAGAAUAUUUAUUAUUUAUUUAUAAUAAGCUCCCUUCCAGCUACCUCCUUCUCCGACACAUGAAAACCCACUCAGAAGACCGGCCGUACAAGUGCAAGGUGUGCGAGCGGGGCUUCAAGACCAUGGCCUCUCUGCAGAACCACGUCAACAUGCACAACGGGGUCAAACCACACGUCUGCAAGUACUGCAACAGUCCCUUCACCACCUCAGGCGAGCUGGUACGCCACGUCCGCUACCGGCACACGCACGAGAAGCCGCACAAGUGCACAGAGUGCGACUACGCGUCGGUCGAGUUGUCCAAGCUGAGGCGACACGUGCGGUGUCACACUGGCGAGCGACCCUACCAGUGCCCGGACUGCACAUACGCCUCCCCAGACACGUUCAAGUUGAAGCGACAUCUGCGCACACAUACUGGAGAAAAGCCCUACAAGUGCGACAGCUGCAACAUGUGCUUCACGCAGUCCAACUCGCUCAAGGCCCACAAGCUCAUACACAACGUGGCAGAAAAACCCGUGUACCGAUGCGAGCUGUGCCCAGCCAAGUGCGGACGUAAAACUGACCUCCGGAUCCACAUACAGAAGCUGCACACCUCGGACAAGCCCCUCAAGUGCAAGCGGUGCGGGAAAACGUUCCCCGACCGCUACUCCUGCAAGCUACACAAUAAGACUCACGAAGGGGAGAAGUGUUUCAAGUGCGACCUGUGCCCGUACGCGUCGACCAUGCUGCGCCACCUCAAGUCGCACAUGCUCAAGCACACCGACGAGAAGCCCUUCGUGUGCACCGAGUGCGACCAGAGCUUCCGUCAGAAGCAAUUGCUGCGGCGGCACCAGAAUCUGUACCACAACCCGGACUAUGUGCCCAAGCCGCCCAAGGAGAAGACUCACGCCUGCCACGAGUGUAAACGCACUUUUGCGCACAAGGGCAACCUGAUCCGACACUUGGCGAUCCACGACCCGGACUCGGGGCACACCGAGCGCGCCCUCGCGCUCAAGAUCGGCCGCCAGCGCAAGAUCAAGUACAUGCAGCCGCGCGCGCAGGAGGAACCAAACGACUCGGACGACAACAACAUGGUGAAGCUCGGUCUGACGUCGAACGAGCUGCGCCGAGGCGAGCUGGUGACCGUGGCCGACGGCGACGGGCAGCAGUACGUGGUGCUGGAGGUCAUCCAGCUGGAGGACGGCACCGAGCAGCAUGUGGCCGUCGUGGCGCCCGAGUACAUCGAGUGCGAGGAGCCAGAAGAAGAGGAGGAUGACCAAGAACAGGAGUCAGUAGCCAGCGGUGCCGAGGAGGUCCGGCACAAGGAGAUGGAGACCGUCAUGGAGAAGAGCAUCAAGCUCGAGAAGGACGUCACCACCUGCUUCGGUUUCGAUGAAGACGACGAAGGUGACAACAACGAAGACUACGAGAUGCUCGAAGCCCGAGGCUAAUCCUGAAUACGAGUGACGUGAGAACCUUACUCAGUGACGGCAGAGACGUCUGCAACCGCACUAACUAUUACAGUGAAUAAGGACCGUACAUGAACUGUAGGAGGCAGCACAGGAGCUGUCAAAUUUUUGGUGCGAAGCGUAAAUGUGAUGUUUAUUGUUCCGAUGUAGCCCACAAGAUGGCAGAACCUACUAUGCACAAGAAAACACGUGACGUGUAAAUGUACAUGUUUAUGGUUCCGAUUCAGGCCACAAGAUGGCAGACCUCCACACACACGCUAAUAAGUUAAUUACAUACAUUGUAUCAAAGACAAUUUGAAAUAGUGGUAGAUUGUCAAAGAAAACUUUGUAGCCACAGUAAAUUUACUGCCAUCUUUCGACAUGUGGUUGUAACUAUUGCAACGCCAUUUGACUUUGAUCAUUAUUCUUUCACUGUUUGUUGAAUAUCAAAAAGUGGCGCCAUCUUACCGGGUGGCUUGGAUCUAUUAGAUGGCGCCACUUUGAUAUUUAACAAAUUUAACACAUUUUUUUUAUACCACGUCGGUAGCAAACAAGCAUACGGCCCGCCUGAUGGUAAGCAGUCACCGUAGCCUAUGGACGCCUGCAACACCAGAGUGUAGUACAUGCGCGUUGCCGACCCUUUAAAAACCUGUACACUCCUUUUUUGAAGAACCCCCUGUAGACCCUCGGGAAAACCCCGGCAGGGAGCUUAUUCCACAGCCGGAGCGUAUCAGUGAAAGAAUAAGGAUCAAAGUCAAAAGGCGUCCUAAAUGUUUUAACCUUUUGACCGCCAAAGACGUCAUAUGACGCGCGCGGCUACAGCCCAAUAUCAACCUUCAUGCGUGGCCACAAGGUUCACGAUUACGUGCCGCGUGCGAUAGGCGUGGCGUUCAAAAGGUUAAUCAUGUGUCGUAAGAUGGCAGUAAAUUUACUGUGGCUACAAAGUUUUCUUUGACAAUCCACUUCUAUUUCAAAUUCUGCAGAGGAGUUAAGACGCUACUUUGUUGUUAAGUGUGUGAAGAUUUUUUUGAACACAUGGCCCACUUACACAUACUGUGAUUGCGCUGCGGGGUGAUUUGGAAUAAGAAAUAAGUGCUUCAUACAUUUAGUUUAAUACGAUGUCAUUUUUUACCAUGACACUUGGCUGACGUUCACUUUAUUUCGCUUUUAGGGAAAAUGGUUCCGUACAAUUUUAAUAGACUAUGGAUAUACUAUAAAAAAAAAGCCAUCAAAAAGUCGCCAUCAGAUAUAUCGGAGCGGCCAAAGUGUUCACGAAUAUCUGAACACACUCAAAAGUGUUUAAGCUUCAGUUGUCAUUGUCCUUCCGAAAAUUGAAACUGAAUAUUGUCUUUAAUUUUUUCGAUAUAAAGUCGAUUUUUGGCAUAUUAAAUUCCACACAGACACUUGAGCCAUCGUUUCGGCAUAUUUCAAAUAUUUGAACACCCGGAUGAUAGACUCUUCUCAUUAUGCACAAUAAGCCAAAGUCCAAAAUUAGUCUAAGAGGGUGAAUCAACUUUUUUUGGUUUGUUAUCCUGUCCCGUUGUCCAAGGGACAACAGUGGCACAGUUUGUUUGAAGAGAAGUUGUAUGCCGUUCUAUUAACAUGCUUAGUAGGGGGCCCAUUAUGGACAUUGGUUAUAACGACCACAAAAACUCAAGUUUGAUACAUUUAAGUACCAUAAAAUCAGUAUUUCAAUGAACUUUUGUCCCCUGGACAACUAAUCGUAACCAUGGCAACGAAUGACACUAAAAAGUUGAUUCUCCCAAGAACGAAACGGAGCCUGGUAAAGGGUUGAAGAGGCCCGAAGUUGACAGCAUCUCAGUAAUAGAGGCUAAUACAAUAUAAAAUUCAAGAAAAACAAGUUAGCAAAAAAGCUCUUUAAUACACAGUCUCGGUAAAAGAGGUAAAAACACUGUCUCAGUUAUAGAGGUUUUGACGAAAAAAUCGACAGGACUCAUCUCAGAUACAGAAAUCUCUUUUGUACCACUAACAGAGGUAAUUGGGUACUUGACACAUGUUGAAUAUUAUAACAAAAUUUAGUUAAAUGCAUAGAAAAUGAGCCAUCCAUUAUAAAAAAGUGGCAUUAAAAAAAAUAUAUUGAGAUUAUAAAAAUAUACAAGGCUCCGAAGUCUCAAACAAAAAAAAAUUUUUUUGUCUUUCAAAAAUAGAAAAGAAAAUGGUACCAUUCGAUUCCUUACAUUUUAUUGAAAAAUAAAUUUUAUGACAAGUGUAUAGUUGUAUAAACGCAAUAUUUCAGGGUCAAAAUGGCAAUUUCGUUGAUCUUCCAUACAUUUAGGGCAGACUUAUAUAAUGUGACGUCACAUCACCUUAUCAUUUUGUUAGAGGCGUUUCAAUCGUCGAGUGCGAGCGUCAGACUUUAACUCUCAUUUCUGACCUUUGUGUUGCUUAAAUGCCAUGAGUCCUAUAUAGACAUUUGAUCCUCAGGAAAAAGUAGCCAAUUCAGUGGUAAAGUCUCGGGACAGCAGCAUGCGUUCCAGUUAUAGAGUUUUCUCACUUACCCAGGUCCCACUUAACCAAGUUCCACUGUAUAAUAUAUGCUGUCAAUAUAGUUGCAUCUUAUAUCUGUCAUAUAUGGCUUCGACCCCACCCAAAUAUUUUAAAUCGAAAAUUAUUCGAUAUCCGACGUCGGUGCGCCGAAGCGUGCUCCCGAUGACGCUACUCGGUACGGAGUGAAACAUAAUGGCGAGCAAUUUUCGACUAUAGUAUCGUGUUCAGAUAUUUUUGAGCACCUUCCCCGCCCAGAUAUAUAAUGGCGAGCGUACGUUUAGAAAAGUUUGAAAGCCGUUACCCCGUGGACAUUUGAAUCUAUUAAUUCGAAAAGAACCAAUGUCCAUAUGAAUUUUAUACUAAAUGGUGCUUUUCGUAUUAAUCGAUUAAACUUAAUUGUAUUUAAUUGUGUACAUUAUGUUGUAUUUUUAAUAAUUAGAUAACACGAAGUUCCCAUUUGAUUAAUUUUAGCUAUUUAUGUAUAAGUGCGAGUUGUCUACUCUUUGUUAUUAUGAGUGUGAUAUAGCAGAGUUUUAAAUAUUGACCUUAAUGUAUUCUAUAUGAAUUCAAUAUUUUUAAUUAUUCGUGCGAUGAAUAGAGAUAAGUUUAAUAUAGAAUAAUGGUUUUUAUUUUAGACCUAUGCGUACUAAGUAUUGAAAUCAUUAACAUGAUUUUGACUACGCUUGCCGCAACACAGCAGCGAGUCGAGUCAUAACUCCAUUUCUUUCACUCUUGGUUGGUUUUAACAAGGGUAAAGGAGAUAGCAUUAUGAUCUUAGUCGCCAGUUAUGCGGCAAGCAUAAACCCAAAGUAUACGUAACAUACAGAUGAACGAUCUCAACUUAUUCGAGCAAGUAGGGCUCGAAAACCGGUUAAAUUUCUAAACCGUUACCAUGUACUUGAAGCAAAAUCUUUUGAUUUCGGUUCAGCUCGAAAUACCGUUAUUUUUAAACCAAUUUUUAUUAGAACAGUUUGUGUUAAAUUAACCGGUUUAGUACAAUAAAAACCGGUUUCUACCUAUGUUGGUGUUUGUUUACGUGGUACACCACAAAGCUGGCCGUAUCGUCGCUCGUCGAAUAAACCGUUUUUUUAGGUUACAAUAAGGUUCUUUAAACUUUCGCGUUCUUAUAAAAGUUCGGAGGAAAACCGAAAUAAACCGGUAUUCACCGGUAUUUUAUAAACCGGUGCCUAGCCUUGCUGGCAACCGAUAUUGAAUAACCCGUUAACGUGCAGUAGGUUCAGAAAGCGGAUUUUAAAACGUACAACUUUUAUUGAUCCCAAUACGACUGCCAUAAAUUUAAUUAGCAAUGUUGAGGCCUUUCAAGCUGCAGAGUUAGCUUGGUCUGACUAUAUCUCAAUGAAACAGUUCUUUAACCGGAAAACGGAAACGAAGUCGAUUUUGUUCUCAGAUGAGUGAACGAAAACGGUUUAAAAAAUAAAACGGUUUCCGAGACCCGCAAGCAAGAAUGGAAAAUGGAAUAGUUAGGCCGCUUAUUCGGUGUUAUUUAAAAGUCCGUUAUUUUUAAGAGUGCAUUCCUGAGCUUAAUUUAAGUAACUUUUUGAAAGAAACCGGUAUUCAUUUUUUUACAUGUUUUUAUUUUAUAUGUUUUGAAGUUCGCAGUGCCUUGGUAGUAAUGUUGUAAUGCUGCGUAACUAAUUUGAAUAAUAAAAAAAAUCUAUUUUACUCCGUUUUGGACAUCAAUGAUUUAUUUUUAUCUGAGAAGGCCCAGGAGCGUGUACACUUGCCUUAGGGCCUGGUUACAUAUUGAUUAGUAUAGUAUACAUUUGCUAAUAAAUGCAAGUACGAGAUAGUACUCUGAAAAUAUCGAUACGGACAAAGUGCCAAAAAUAUGUAUACACUACCCUAAUAUAUAUGUAUGGUUAUAAUAAGAUGGUGUAUACAUAUUUUUGGCGCUUCGAUCGUGUCGAUGUUUUCAGACGUGAAUGUACGAUCGAUAUUCGAAAUGUCAUAAUUUUUGAUCGUUUGGAGGAUUGCAAUAUAAUAUCUGUGUUAAAACGCUAUGAAUUACUUUUUAUGAACAAUAAAUUUAAAAAAAAUAAUAUUAAUUAUGCCAUUUCUUUUCUUUAUUUAGCCAUACCCCGGAGUUGACGGAGUUAAAAAAAAACACCGCGUUUACGUCCGUUUUUACCGAGAAAAUUUUCUUUUUAGACAUAGAGAAAUAAGUAAUCUUAGAGUGUUCACUUCAUAUAUAGUUAAAAACCUUGUAAAAAAUUAGUUUUAUAGCUUUUUUUAUUAUUUAUGGCAUAGAGAAAUAAGCAAACAGAGUGCUCUCUCCAUACAUCAGUUACC